AGUCUUAGCCUGAACUUCACCUUAUAAAUUGCGAGGAAAACCGGCUCUCUCUUCCACUCGCCGUUCCAGGCUUCCAUCCCUCUCUCUUGGAGACAGAGGACAUAGAAGGAAAGAUCGAAGUACAGUAGGGACGACGCCAUGGACCGGAUGAAGCCCAACGCCGCGAACAGCAGCCCCCUCACCCCUCUGGGAUUCCUCGAGCGCACCGCCAAAGUCUACGGCGAUCAGCCCUCCGUCGUCUACCACGGCACUGUCUUCACCUGGUCCCAGACCCGCCGCCGCUGCCUCCGCCUCGCCUCCUCCCUCUCCUCCCUCGGCAUCUCCCGCGGCGACAUCGUCUCGGUGCUGGCGCCUAACGUGCCGGCCAUGUACGAGAUGCACUUCGGCGUGCCGAUGAGCGGCGCCGUCCUUAACACCAUCAACCUGCGCCUCGACGCCCGUACCAUCUCCGUCCUCCUCCGCCACAGCGGCUCCAAGCUCGUCUUCGUCGAUCACCUCUCCCUCCCACUCCUCCGCGACGCCCUCCGUCUCCUCCCCGCAUCCCACCGAAUCCCCCAAAUUAUUCCCAUCGAAGACCGUUAUGAUGAGGAAGCCAAAAGCUCCGACCAUUCCGCCGCCGCCGGUGGCCUCACCUAUGAGAAGUUGAUCGAGAUGGGCGACUCGGAGUUCGAUUGGGUCCGUCCCAAGAGCGAGUGGGAUCCCAUGGUCCUCAACUACACCUCCGGCACCACCUCCGCCCCUAAGGGCGUCGUCCACUGCCACCGCGGCCUCUUCAUCAUGACCGUCGACUCCCUGAUCGACUGGUCCGUCCCUAAAUGCCCCGUCUAUCUCUGGACCCUCCCCAUGUUCCACGCCAACGGCUGGAGCUUCCCCUGGGGCAUCGCCGCCGCCGGCGGCACCAACAUCUGCCUCCGCCAUUUCGACGCCGCCGCCAUCUACGCCGCCCUCGCCGCCCACCACGUCACCCACAUGUGCGGCGCCCCCGUCGUUCUCACCAUGCUGGCCAACGCGCCGGACUCCGCCAGAAAGCCCCUGCCCGGUCCGGUCCAAAUCCUCACAGCCGGCGCGCCGCCGCCGGCGGCGGUGCUCCACCGCGCGGAGGCGCUCGGCUUCUCGGUCAGCCACGGGUACGGGCUCACGGAGACGGCGGGGCUGGUGGUGUCGUGCGCGUGGAAGGGGCAGUGGGACCGGCUGCCGGCGGCGGAGCGUGCCAGGCUCAAGGCGCGACAAGGUGUUCGAACUCUGGGCAUGGCCGAGAUCGACGUUAUCAAUGGCGCCACCGGCGAGAGCGUCAAGCGAGACGGCGCCACGAUGGGCGAGAUAGUCCUCCGCGGCGGGUCCGUGAUGCUCGGCUACUUGAAAGACGAGGAAGCGACGAGUCGGGCGGUGCGGCCGGACGGGUGGUUCUACACCGGCGACGUCGGCGUCAUGCAUGCAGACGGGUACCUGGAGAUCAAGGACAGGUCGAAGGACGUGAUCAUAAGCGGCGGCGAGAAUUUGAGCUCGGUGGAGGUGGAGUCGGUGUUGUACGGCCACCCGGCGGUGAACGAGGCGGCGGUGGUGGCGCGGCCGGAUGAGUACUGGGGGGAGACGCCGUGCGCGUUUAUCAGCAUAAAGGAAGGGGUGGCUGCGCCGCCGACGGAGGCGGAGGUGAUUGCUUGGUGCCGGGAGAGGAUGCCUCGCUACAUGGUGCCCAAGACGGUGGUGUUCAAGCCUGAAUUGCCGAAGACGUCGACGGGGAAGAUUCAGAAGUAUGUGUUGAGGGAGGCGGCCAAGGCCAUGGGUUCCCUUCGCCCAAGUCGGAUGUAGGUGUUAUAUAUUGUUUUUGUUUGUUGUGGGGUUGAAUUCACCAGAAGCUUGGAGAUUUGAAUGAUUCAAGAGGUAGAAGUUUUUCUAAUGAUGUUGAUCAGGAUGCUUCCAAUAUACUAGGAAGCUAAACUGAUGGCAAUAUGCAACAUUAUUAGGUUUUUUAAACUAUAAUGCUGCGCAUGAAGCUACCCCAACAAAUUGAUUGGUUUUGAGCAAGGGGUCAUCUUGGUUGUUCAAGAGUUAUUGCAUUCCCUGCAUAUGAUUCUGAAGCUAGAUAAGCUUACCUGGGAGGCCCUUAUGCAAGUUAUUAUCUGUUUGCACUGUUUUUACCAGGUAGAUCAAGUGAACUUGGGCUGGUAUCUCACAUGGUUUUCA